AUUUUUGACCAAGUUCAGAAUUCAACUGCAAAUCACCAGAAAAAUUUCGUUGCACUUCACAAACUCCACCUAGAUGCUGCUGGUUUCGCCGAAUCCGUACACAAUGGCAGAAGCAUCAAGCUCACCGGUGAGCGUAUAUUUGAGGAGAGAUUUAAAGACAUGUUAUGCAGAGCUGCCACCGUGAAGAAAGGAACAUCGCAGGGUGACCGGAUAGUCAAGUUUGUUGGAGCGUAUACAAAAUAUAUCAAUGAGAGAGCCGCUGAGGUAAAGAAGGAGGAUGACGAUGAAGACGAUGAUACCACAGCCUCUCGGUUCGUUGAGAAAGUGCUUACCUCCCUCGUAAACGGCUUUGAAGCCAAGGACAAAGUCGCACGCUACCGCUGCGUCCACUUUUUGGCGGAGAUGGUCGCGCAUUUGGGUGAAAUUAGGCACAUCGAAACGUUGUACACUGAGCUCCGCGCAGCUCUCUUCGAGCGUGUGCACGAUAAAGAAAUAUUUGUUCGAGUCCAGGCUGUCAUUGCACUCUCGAAGCUAUGUGGUUCGGAAGAUCCAUCUGAUGUGGAAGAAGGAGAACCCACUGCUCUUGAGGUCCUACUGGAGACUCUUAGUUGUGAUCCUGCCGCAGAUGUCCGUAGAGCCGCAUUGCUCAAUAUUCCUCUGUCUUCAGCUACCUUAGACGCCGUCCUUGGUCGAACCCGUGACAUUGACACGAUCAUGCGCAAGCUGGUUUAUUUCGCUAUCCUAAUCCAACAUUGCUUCGCUUCUGAAGGCUCUGCAAUGGGGCUCGUUCAUCCUCGUGUGCUUACCAUUUCUCAGAGAGAGUUCAUCAUUCGCAAUGGUUUAGGUGAUCGAGAGCCAGCGGUUCACCAGGCUGCAGCUUUAUUACUCAGAAAAUGGGUGGACGUUGCUCGUGAACAUGUCAAGAACGAAGAAAGCAAGACCGUCGAAGAUAAUAUUCUCGCAUUUUUAAGCCUCUUUGAUCUUACGGAGAGCACGGUUGCAGAGGACGCACUGCUGAGUGUUUUGGAUAGACGCGCUGAUAUUUCCGACCACGUCGAGUUUAAUGGUAUAUGCCUAUUGGGCCAACCUGACCCCAGAGCGAGCUUUUUUCGCUCGCAUCUUUAUGCUUCUCUCCCGGUUGUCACUGCCCUUGCCUACCGCAUCCAAGCUGCCUACAAUGCAUACAAAGAAGACUUGGAGGUCGCCGAGCAAGAGAGAGUCAUUCGUGGCGAACCAACUGAGGAAGAAGAGGAGGCUCGCAUUGACAAGGAAUUUGUCAUAGGCGAGAUGCUCAAGGUUGCUGUGAAUCUAGACUACGCUGAUGAGAUUGGGCGCCGGAAAAUGUUCCAGCUUGUGAGAGAUAUGAUCUCUCAGGAAGCACUACCUGAAUCACUUGUCGCUAGAUGUUUGGACCUAUUACGGAUACUAUCACCAAACGAGAGGGAUCUUAUUCGAGUUGUUGUAGAAGUAGUCCACGAGCUUAGGGAUGUCAGCGACGAAGAAGAAGCUUUAAAGGAGCCUGCAGAUGAUGGAGAGACCAAUUUUGGCGAAACACCCAUGCCAACUCGUACAGCACCCAAAGGACCAAAGCCAUCAGAAGAUAUGUCUUCCGAGGAACGAGCUCGUAUGGACACGAUUGAUUUGCGUUGUCUGUCACUUUGUAUAGGGAUGCUGGAGCGUGUUAACGGAACAUUUGAAGAAAAUUCGACGCUCGAAGGCAUCCUUGGCGAGUUAAUCAUUCCUGCUGUCAAGCGUAAGGAAUUGGUACUUCGUGAAAAGGGUCUCAUCUGUUUAGGUCUUUGCUCUUUUUUGGGUCAAAUUCGGACUGCCCCGGAAGUCUUGAGGAUCCGUGUGCUGCAGAUUGUCUUCGACAUUCUUAUGGUGCACGAAAACGACUUCUUGAAAAAAGAGGGUAGUACAAGAGAGCGUAUAAUCGAAUCCUUCUUGCAAGUCCUGGAAACCGAGAAAUCGGACAAGGUGCAAGCCCUCCUGUGUAUCGGCCUUUCAAAGCUUGUCCUUUCCGGAAUGAUCUCCGAAGACAAGGUCCUGCAAAGCCUGGUUGCUGCAUAUCUUGCCCCGGACACGAUCGACAACCAAAAAGUCCGCCAGCACCUUGCCUAUUUCUUCCCCGUGUACUGCUACUCCUCUGCAGUCAACCAGCGACGAAUGCAAAGGCUGUUUAUUGGAUUAUUCGAGCAACUUGCCCCAGAAACCCGAAAUGUUGACGAAACCCAGGAUAUGGUCAGUCCUGCUCAAAUAGCAGCUAUGUUCGUGGAUUGGACAGAUCCACAGAAAGCUAUCGAUGUGCAAGAGCAACCAACGGACGAGACAAUUCAUAUUGACCUGGCAAGUGAUAUCGCAAGAGCACUGUUCGACGACAAGAUGAUAAGGAUGUCAAUAACUUUCUGGGGCGAACCAUUAACCAACGCUAAAAUUGCAGAGGAGGACAAGAAAUUUUUGUAUCAAGUUCUUUGGAGGCUAUACUUGCUGGACAAGGUUGAUGACGACAAAAUCCGCACCCUCAAUUCUCGUCGACCAAUCCGUGACGCAGCAGCCAAGAAUGCGCUUGCGAAAUUUGAUGCUGCGAUCUCGAAAAGAUAUGCUGAGCCGCUAGAGAGCUUCAACGAGGAAGAUUACAGGCAACUGGAGUACCUGAAGGACUUGUUCGAAUUUCUUGAUGAUAUCAUUCCCUUGGACGACGGCGAGGAGGUUGACAUACCUCGCACUCGUGCUCGGAAAAGCAUUGUUACCAAUACCACGGACAACAUCAUACCAGAUGAAAGUGUGGCUUCUGCUGCUUCUCCGUCACACCCAAAGGGCAAGGGCAGAGGGAAGCAAACCAAGCUCAGGCGUGUCUCUGGUUCCGAUGACUCAGACGAUGAUGUCUUAUCGCACGACCAUGUUACCCCAGCACCCACACGAACCCUGCCAAAACGGGCCGCGUCGGUAAAGAAACCCCAGGUAGUGCAGUUAAUAGAAGAUGACGAUGACAAAGAGGAAGAGGAGGAAGCUUCAUCCCCUCCUGCCUCUCACAACGGGCGAAGGCCCAGGCUCGAUGGUCCCCUAUCAAUAGGUUAG